AUGGAGCCCGAGCCCACGAGCUCGAGGAGCUUGGAGGUGGGGAAGGCUGCCCAGGAGAGGGAGAAGGAUUCUGACGCUCCCAGAAAUAGUGCCAUCGUGUUCAUCAAGCCACAUGCUGUCUUUCCACGCGUGCACGGCCUAGUAGAGAGCAUGUUGCAUGAUCGCGGCGUAAGCAUUGUGAGAAGUGGCCGCAUCGAUGCGGAAACCAUAGAUCAGAAGGGUCUCAUCGACAUCCACUACGGGGCCAUCGCUGCGAGGGCUCUCAAGACCAGGCCGUGUGACCUGGUCGUCCAGCCCGGGCCCAAGAAGCUGUUCGGCAUCACAUGGGAGAGCGCAGUGGCCCAGCACCUGGUCUUCAAUGCGAGGGGUGCAGCCAGCAAGUUGGGCAUGGAUCCCCUCAAGCUGAGCGAGGAGUGCGGCAAAACCACGCGCGGGGUCGACCAGCUCAAGUUCGGAGGGGGCUUCUACGUGGCGAAGGUGCAGGGCGUCUACGUAGUCAACGGCUUCUACGAGGGCAUGCGCGCGAAGUUCACGGCGGCCGGCACGUGCAUCCAGUAUUUCGAGGUUGCGUGGGACCCCGCAUCGCUGCCUUGGGAAAAGUUCAGGGCCGAGGUCAUCGGGGCCACCAAUCCGAAGGAGGCUGCUGCUGGCUCCGUGCGGAACGCCAUCUUCCAGCAGUGGGAGGCCCUCGGCCUUUGCGCAGAGCCCGACACCUCGGACAAUGCCGUUCACGCGUCAGCCAGCCCGUUCGAAGGCCUUGCGGAGAAGGCGAAUUGGCUCUCCGCGAGUGUGUCUGAGGAUCCUCUGGGCAAGGCGCUAUCCGCGGCAGGCCUGGGCCAGAGCACGGUCAAGGAGUGGAUGCAGGACCCCGCUGUCGUCUUCGAGGGUAAGAAGCAGUCUUUGUUCGAUUUGCUUGAGGACCUGGACUUCGAACCAUGCGUGGAGAGGGCCAGGGACAUCAUGAAGCAGCAGACGAAUUCGGCCACCAGAGCGCACCGAACGAGCGUGGUGGCGGAGCAGUCGCUAUCGGCCGACGGGCGGGGCGGGGCCCGCGAGGGCCUGGCAGACAGCCCGCCAUCGGCGGAGAAGAAGCCCGCGCGGCCAUCGGUCGCGUCGCGGGGCAUCCCCACAGCUUCCGAGCGCCGAGCGUCUCGGCGGCAGGCGGCCCCACCUGAAGAGGCGUCCGCGGCGAGGUCGAUGGAGCCGCCCUGGAUGCAGGCUAUCGGCACAGAGGGCGUCCUGGCCAGCGGGCCGCUGACCAUGCAGGGUUUCGGCGUCAGUGGAGAUGAGGUUUACUGCGCAUUGCUGCCAGAUCGUUUCAUCUGGUCGCACGGCCAGGCUGCGGACGUCAAUAGCCUACGCCUCGCGAGCGUGGGGAGCAUAGACAUCCAUGACGGUGGCUUCGAGAUGCAACUCUGCGGCCAGCAGGACCAGCAGGGCGGCGGGAUGUCGAAGAUCCAGCUUCACGUGGCGACCGCAGCGGCGGGCCCAAGGAUGCUGGCCAAGAUGGAAACCCAGGGUUUGCGCCAAGCGCGGCAGGUGGCCCAGGAGUUGCUCAAGUGGGAGGAGGCCCUGCACAGGGUGGAUUGGGCCGCGCUCAAGCAGGACGACGCCAUGAAGCCCUUCGUCGAGGCACGAUCGCAGAGCGCCCGCAACAUCUUCAGAGCACCUGCCGAGGGCAGACCUCCUCAGGCAGGCGCAAGCCCUCGCGACGCCAUGAAGCAGUCGGCACAGGAGCUGCCCAGGUGCCAGGGGCGGCUGGGAUUCAGCGUGCAGGGCACGUUGCAGUGGCGGUACGCCAUGCUCUUCGCCGACCGCCUGGACGCAUGGGACAGCAAGGAGGCUGCCAUUGCCGGCCAACUCCGCAGCGCUUGCCCACCGAUCCGUAUCACCACGUCGACCUGCCAGGCGCUAGGGUUCGUCGAUCAAGGCUUCCUCCUCAAGUGCGCGGGCAAGACGCACGGCGUGCACGUCGGCCCCGACCAGGACGACCUCGCCAGGCUGGACAGGAGCAUCACCCUGCGGAAGGACGAUGCCCUGUUCAAGGGCUCGCUGGCCAUCGACGCGGCCUUCGCCGUCCUUCCGGGGGGCGAGGCGGCGCCGGUGCAGCCUGCGCCAGCUGGCCUGGAGGCGCCGCCGCGCGGCGCCAGCUUUGCCGCCCUCGUCUCGCCAAGGGGCGCCGCCGAGCCGUGGGCCACGCCUCUCGGCGCGCACCCGGCGGCCGCGGCCCCCGCCCCGCCGGGCGCAUCCGGGCGGCUGCCCUCCGAAGGCCAGCUGCCGCCAGCACAGACUAACGCACCUGCGGCUAUGCGGCGCGAGCCCGAGAGGCCCACGAACGUGGCCGACGCGUACUAUCAGACGGCCUCGGUCAAGAUCGACGCCUCCCCCGCCGACAGCACCAGUGGCGGCACCGCCAGCGGCGUCGGGGCAGAGCUAGAAUUCGACGGCAGGAACGAAGCCGGCGAUGUGACGACCACGCAGUUCACCCAUCCGACAACUUCGUCGCGGACGCAGUCCCCAGCCGUCCAGGCGGCCAAAGAGGCGAACGAGAACUUCGACAAGGCCCUUGCAAACGACGUGGAGCUAUUCACUCAGAAGGCUUCGCGAGACAUGCUCAUCAAGACGAUGUACGGGGUGGUGCCUCUGGUUCUCGUCGGGCUGCUCAUCGGAGCUCGGCUGCUGGUCGCGCCCAACGAGGAUAGCGUCAUCAGGGCGAAUAUCAAGGCGUGGGCAAAGGCGAGCCUGGCCGGGACGAUAGUGCUGCUCGGGCUGAUUGGUAUUCUGAUGGGCUUGGUCGUUAAGGAUCUGACGGAUGUCGUGGGGAAAGUUGACGGGCAGUUGGUCAACGCCCUCGCGGUGCAGGUCAUUUUCGGCGUGUUCGAAAAUUUCGGCAAUUUGCAGGUGGUCGAUCGCACCAUACACCAGUGGGCGUUCAACGUGAAUAACCCCACCGAAGAGGACCUCGUGUUACAGAAGUUCACUAUGGACGUGAAACUGGAGAGCACCAAGGUCUGCAAUUCACAGCUUGGCACACAGUCGAUCUUGCCACCGAAGGCAAGCUCGAAGGUAUAUUUUCUGACGCAGCUCGAGGAGGAGCAUUGGCUCUACCUGGCCGGAGGCCAGGUGGUUGGCAAGGCCACGUUGGGUGCGACCGCCGACGUCGGCAUCGGGAUCGCAAUGGACGGAAUCAUCGUGGGCCAGGCGUUACACAUAUACGCUCCAUGCAACCUGCCCAUCGACAUGUCCCACUUUCCGUCUCUCGGUGUGCAGAACCUCAACACGACGGCGGCUUUGCAGGAGCUUGCAGACAUAACCACGCUCAAGAAGGCAAUCACGUCGGGGCUUGAGCGCAACCACGCGAAAGACGUUACCAUUGUGGAGUGGGAGUCGGCUAAAAUGGAGGGCGGCCUGUUCACGAAGGUUUACGUCCUGCUCGGCCUACUUACUGUCUGCAUAACUCCGAUCAUCACGUGCCUCGUAGUCGUGGCUGGUGUGAUGUAUGAGGUCUCGACGAAAGGCCGCAUUGAUGACAGGAGCUACAUCGCGGACGUGAUGUUGGCGCAGGAACAGCGCGACGCGGCCGCAGCCGCUGGCGGGGCGCGAGGCGCGGGGCUCGGCAAGCAGCCGGGUGUGCAGCCCAGCGUGCAGCCUGGCAUGCAGCCGGGAAUGCCUCCUGGCGCGCAGCCUGGCAUGCAGCCCAGCAUGCCCCCUGGCAUGCAGCCUGGCAUGGGCGUGAACGCGGCGUUCUCUGGCAUGCAGCCCGGCAUGCAGCCCGGCAUGCAGCCCGGCAUGCAGCCUGGCAUGCAGCCCGGCAUGCAGCCCGGCAUGCAGCCUGGCAUGCAGCCCGGCAUGCAGCCUGGCAUGCAGCCCAGCAUGCAACAAGGAUUCGGUGGCGGCUUUGGCGCACCGCAGCAGUACCAGCCACAGGGGGGCAGCCCGGGGAGCCCCGCAUUCUGA